AUGAACGACUCGAAGAAGUUGAAAGGAAGAGAACUGUUCGAGAAAAUGGGUAAGCCUACAAAGAUUGUAGCCCCUAUGGUUGAUCAAUCAGAAUUAGCAUGGAGAAUUUUAUCGAGAAAGUAUGGAGCUACUUUAGCAUAUACACCUAUGUUCCACGCAAAGCUUUUUGCAACUUCUCCCAAGUAUAGAAAAGAUAUGUGGUGCGAAAUGGAUGGAGAUUCCAAGAUUGAUAGACCAUUAGUGGUGCAGUUUUGUGCAAAUGAUCCCGAAUAUUUACUACAAGCUGCUAGGUUAGUACAAGAUAAAUGCGAUGCAGUAGAUUUAAAUUUAGGUUGUCCUCAAGGAAUAGCGAAAAAAGGCCAUUAUGGAUCGUUUCUCAUGGAAGAGUGGGAUUUGGUACACAAAUUGAUUAGAAAUUUACAUGAAAAUUUGGAUGUGCCGGUGACUGCCAAGAUUCGUAUCUUCCCAGAGAAGGAAAAAUCUCUGCAAUAUGCAAGAACUGUUUUAGAUGCAGGCGCUCAGUUUUUGACCGUACAUGGACGUCUUAGAGAGCAGAAGGGUCAACAAUCAGGAUUAGCAGAUUGGGAGACCAUCAAAUAUUUAAGAGACAAUUUACCUCCAGACACGGUUUUCUUUUCCAACGGUAAUCUUCUUUAUCCAAAUGACAUCUCUAGAUGUAUGGAUCAAAUAAAUUGUGAUGCAGUGAUGAGUGCAGAGGGAAAUUUGUACAAUCCGGGAAUAUUCAAUGCAGAGGAUUCUCAGGAUAAGGAAAAGGUCUUUCCCAGGGUCGAUGUGAUCUGUAGAGAAUAUUUUGAAAUUGUCAAAUCUUAUGAAUUUUCUCAUGCAUCAAGGACAGCAAUGAAAUCACAUCUAUUCAAAAUUCUACGACCUUUUCUACCCAAUCAUACAGAUAUCAGAUCAUCACUAGCGUUACUAAAUGCCAAGAGUUCCCUUGAUGAUUACGAGAAUGCAGUGGUUAUUCCUGUGGAAAAUGUGGUGAAGUCUAUAUUCGAAGAAAAAGAUAUUGACGAAAAGGACAAAGUGGUUAAAGGUGAUAUCGAAUUAUGGGGAGGAUCCUAUUAUACGGUACCCUACUGGAGGUGUCAACCGUAUUUCAGGCCUGUUAAUGGAGUCACUGCGGACAAGAGAGUAGUGGAAUCCUUGAAACGCAAGGCAGAGGUCCCCCUGCAGAGCGUUCGUGAAAAGGAGGUUAAAGUAUGA